UCCUCCUCCGCCGCCACCUCCUGCCCUGGCUUCCCCCUCACCUGACCCGCCAGCCCAACAUGCAACCCGGCACCUGCUAAAUCAAUAAUGUACUAGAAUGUCAGCGCUGAAAAAGAUUCUGCCUGGCAUUUUGCAGAAGCAUUGCUGUAUUUUACCAGACAGGAAUACAGAAUCACAGUGUACACUCUGUGGUGAGCCUGAAGGUUUGGAUUCUCUAACAGGGCAUGCAUUUCCAGAGGAAGAGGGUGGCGAUCUGCUCAAGUCGGGGAUCAGUUUUCCGGGGACGACAGAGGAGGAGCUAGACCAGCAGUACUCCUGGUCACCUUCUCAGCACUUCAAUGAAGAAAGAUUCUCGCCUGCUCCGAGGAACAUGAAAGGAUUAUCUGGUAGUCGCAACCAACCACAAUUAUGUUCUGCUCAUACUUGUGGUUUAGCAUCCCCUGAAGAUUGUGAACACACCCAUGAUCAUAUCCACCAUGGGCAGGAGCAAAGGCAAUCAUAUCUUCUCAGCCCUACAGAGAACUGCCCACUGGACCAUCAUCGCUGCUCACCGCGAAGCUCCAUCCAUUCAGAAUGCAUGAUGAUGCCCAUGGUUAUGGGCGAUCACAUGUCAAGUAGCACUUUCCCCAGAAUGCACUACAGCUCACAUUACGAAACGAGGGACGAUUGCGCCAUGUCUCACGCUAACCCUAAGAUUAACCGAAUUCCUGCCAAUCUCCUGGAUCAGUUUGAGAAACAACUUCCUCUCCACAGGGAUGGGUUUCACACUUUACAAUAUCAGAGGACCUCAACAGCUGCAGAACAACGCAGUGAAAGCCCAGGAAGAAUACGCCAUCUUGUUCAUUCAGUCCAGAAACUUUUCACUAAGUCUCAUUCUUUGGAAGGAUCAUCCAAAGGCAAUGUCAAUGGGACAAAGGGAGACAGUCGAGGGGACGACCAUCAUCAUGGACAUCAUUCCAAGCAUAGCAAAAGGAGUAAAAGUAAGGAGCGAAAGCCAGAGAGCAAGCAUAAAUCUGGAAUGAGUAGCUGGUGGAGCUCUGAUGAUAAUUUGGACAGUGAUAGCACUUAUCGCACACCUAGCGUGAUUAAUAGGCAUCAUGUAGAUCAUAUCUCCCACUGCUACCCUGAAACUCUCCAGGGGCACUUUGGGGAUCUCUCACUAAAGACUUCCAAAAGUAACAAUGAUGUGAAAUGUUCUGCUUGUGAAGGGCUAGCAAUGACCCCUGAUGGUAAAUACAUGAAAAGGAGUUCUUGGUCUACACUUACAGUAAGCCAGGCUAAAGAAGCUUAUCGCAAGUCAUCGCUUAACCUAGAUAAGCCUCUGGUUCAUCAGGAAAUCAAACCUUCCUUGAGGCCGUGCCAUUACCUUCAGGUGCCUCAAGAUGAAUGGGGAGGGUACCCUGUUGGCGGUAAAGACGAGGAGAUCCCCUGCAGGAGAAUGAGAAGUGGGAGUUAUAUUAAAGCCAUGGGAGAUGAGGAAAGCGGAGAUUCUGACACUAGCCCUAAAACAUCACCAAAGGUAGCGGUUCGACCAGAGUCAUUAUUAAAAUCCAUUGGACAGAGACCACUUGGAGAUCACCAAAAUCAGAGCUACCUUCAAGCUGCAAGUGAUGUGCCUGGGGGCCACAGCAUGGAUCCCUCCGCAAACUACAAUUCCCCAAAGUUCCGAUCAAGGAAUCAGAGCUAUAUGAGAGCAGUGAGCACACUCAGUCAGGCCAGCUGUGUUAGUCAGAUGAGUGAAGCAGAGGUCAAUGGGCAAUUUGAGUCGGUGUGUGAAUCAGUGUUUAGCGAAGUUGAAGCUCAGGCAAUGGAUGCCCUUGACCUCCCUGGAUGCUUCCGAACAAGAAGCCACAGUUACCUGCGGGCCAUUCAGGCAGGUUACUCCCAAGAUGAUGAAUGUAUCCCUGCUAUGGGAUCUUCCAACAUCACCUCAACUAUCAGGUCAACAACAGCUGUAACUUAUACAAGUUACAAAAAAACACCGCCACCGGUACCUCCACGUACCACUUCCAAGCCACUCAUCUCAAUUACAGCACAGAGCAGCACAGAAUCCACCCAGGAUGCAUAUCAUGAUAGCCGGACUCAGAGGAUUUCCCCAUGGCCUCAAGAUGGUCGAGGGAUGUACAACUCUACAGACAGUUUGGACAGUAACAAGGCCAUGAAUCUUGCCAUGGAAACGGCCGCUGCACAGCGCCAUGCUUCUGAGAGUCAAAUCACUUCAGUACGAACCAGUGACAAGGCCAUUUUAGUGACAAAAGCUGAGGAGUUUCUUAAGAGUCGACGGUCCUCUAUAGGGAUUCAGGUGGAAACGGCAACCGAUUCAGAUACCGAGAGCAGAGGCCUACGGGAAUACCAUUCCGUUGGAGUGCAAGUGGAAGAUGAGAAACGACAUGGACGAUUUAAACGUUCAAAUAGUGUAACAGCAGCUGUACAGGCUGACCUGGAACUGGAGGGCUUUCCAGGACACAUAACAAUGGAGGACAAGGGACUUCAGUUUGGUUCAUCAUUCCAGAGGCAUUCAGAGCCUAGCACUCCUACCCAGUAUGGUGCAGUAAGAACUGUACGGACACAGGGACUGUUCAGUUACAGAGAAGAUUACAGGACCCAGGUUGACACCUCAAAUCUUCCACCACCAGAACCCUGGCUGGAGCCAGCCAUUGAGACAGUAGAAACUGGUCGGAUGUCCCCAUGUCGACGGGAUGGGUCUUGGUUUAUGAAGUUGCUACAUACUGAAACGAAGAGGAUGGAAGGAUGGUGUAAAGAGAUGGAGAGAGAAGCAGAAGAAAAUGAUCUUUCUGAAGAAAUUCUAGGUAAGAUCCGAAGUGCUGUUGGAAGUGCUCAGCUCCUUAUGUCUCAGAAGUUCCAGCAGUUUUAUUGGCUUUGUCAACAGAACCUGGACCCCAGUGCCAUGCCAAGGCCAACUUCCCAGGACCUAGCAGGAUUCUGGGACUUAUUGCAGCUUUCAAUUGAAGACGUCAGCAUGAAGUUUGAUGAACUACACCAGCUGAAACUCAAUGAAUGGAAACUAAUAGAAUCACCUGAAAGGAAGGAAGAAAGGAAGGUUCCUCCUCCAGUACCAAAGAAGCCCCCAAAAGGAAAAUUCCCUAUAACGAGAGAAAAGUCUCUCGACCUACCUGACAGACAACGUCAAGAAGCCAGAAGACGGCUAAUGGCUGCUAAGAGAGCAGCCUCCUUUAGGCAGAAUUCAGCCACAGAGCGGGCAGACAGCAUUGAGAUCUAUAUCCCAGAAGCCCAAACCCGGCUUUAAAGACAGAAUGCUGCAGAGUGUCCUUUUUUAAAACAAAUGCUGUACAGUUUGUCACUUACCUGGUAAUUUUUGUCUCAUUCUCUCCACUGAAUAUGCCCUUGCUGUUGUGUUCUUUGUGCCAUAAGCACAGUGGAAUGCUUUUGAUUUCCUCAGAGGUUGCUGAGCUCAUUGCAAGAACUACUUCUUUUUGUAUUUAUUGUCUGACUUACAAUCAGCUACAAUGGAUAGGGCUUGUUGAGACCUGACUUAUCCAAUAUGUUCUCAGAGGACAACAAGAAACACCUCUUGAGAUGGAACCCAGCUUACUUUUUUGUUAUUUAUAUUUUUAUAAAUUGUGUGAUAAUUAGGGAUAAGAAUAACAAACUAUAAAUGGGUGCAUCUCACCAUUCACUA